AUGACAAAAGUUAAAGUGGUUUAUAAGGAGGAACACUCCUUGUAUAUUGUUUCCUUACUCGUGCACAAUACGGUUCUAGAUUUGAAAAUUCAAGAAUUUGGGAACCGUCUUAACGAGGUAACAUCGGAACUACUUGUUUGUAUGAGUUGUUUGAGUCCGUGUGAUAGUUUUAGUGCGUUUGACAUUCCAAAUAUACUAAAACUAGUUGGGAAGUAUCCAUAUGAUUUUGAUGAAGUCGAAAAAAGAAGGCUUCCCGUUCAACUCGGAAACUAUAUUGAUUUUGUGAAGAAAGAUAAACAAGUUGCCAACUUGAAUGGUUUGUCAAGUCUUGUAGGGUUAAUGGUUUCAACAUAUAUUCACCUAUCAUUUACAUUGGUGUAUCAUUUAUUGAAGCUUGUUCUUGUAUUACCCGUUGCAAUCGUAACCGUUAAAAGAUGUUUUUCGGCAAUGAAAAACAUGAAGACCGACUUGUGUAAUCGGAUUGGUGAUGAGAAUUAA